CAGCACUGUUAUAUACUAGAAGUUAGUUAGUGAUGGUUUGCGAGACGUUCUUUCGUUACAAUCGUGCUAUUAGGAGGACAUAAUGGGUCGUUAUUCUUACGAACCACUAAAUGCUACGAAAUCGUGCAAGGCACGAGGCUCUAAUCUUCGUGUGCAUUUCAAGAAUACCCAUGAGACUGCAAGGGCUAUCAAAAAUAUGGCUCUUCGUAGAGCACAAAAAUAUUUAAAAAAUGUGAUUGAACACAAGGAGUGUGUUCCAUUUCGAAGGUUCAAUGGUGGAGUGGGCCGAUGUGCUCAAGCUAAACAGUUUGGCACAACUCAAGGACGUUGGCCUAAGAAAUCUGCAGAGUUCUUGCUGCAACUUUUAAAAAAUGCUGAGAGUAAUGCAGAUUAUAGAGGAUUGGAUGUGGAACGUCUCGUUAUCGAUCACAUUCAGGUUAAUCAUGCACCUUGCUUACGUAGGAGAACCUACAGAGCGCAUGGUCGUAUUAAUCCGUACAUGAGUUCGCCUUCGCAUAUAGAAGUCAUAUUGACGGAAAAGGAAGAUAUAGUUUCAAAGGCCACUGAAGAAGAGCCUUCAAAGAAAAAAUUGAGUAAGAAGAAGCUUGCAAGGCAAAAGGAGAAAAUGAUGAGAGAAUAAUUUUGAUUUGUAAUUAUAUAUUAAAGGUAUAUAAAACAAAAAUUGAAGAUUA